AUCAAUUUUCGAGACAUUGAUGGGCGGACGCCUCUCCACCUUGCAGCGUCGAUUGGUGCUAAAGACGCAGUCCGCCUUCUGCUCGUCGAGGGGGCAGACCCCAACGUCAAAGAUAACAAGGGCCUGACGCCUCUACAGCUUGCCUGCUUUGGUGGAUGGGAUCCGGUUGUCACAGCGCUGCUGUCGGCCGCCGCGCUCGUGAAUGAAACGAGCGAGAAUGGGCAGACAGCACUCCAUCUUGCGACCAUAUCGCAGAACCCGACGCUCAGCGUUGUGGAGGCGCUUCUCUCAGCCCAUGCCGACGCGAACAUUAUAGACAAGGCCGGACACAAGCCUCUCUAUCUCGCUAUCAAGCACGGCUCGCCGGAAAUGGUGAAGAUCUUGCUU